ACCAUUCCACCUCCGGUGACCGGUCCUCCACGACUCCACCUCCGCUCUAACUGUGCUUUCAGCGAAUCUAGCCUUCAAUGUCUUCAAAGAAACAAGCUAUUUAGUGAGGCAGAAAAAACAGCAGGCCUGGGCAGGUUUAUGUUGACAGUUUUUACUAACAUUUUAAAAGAUUUUCCUCUCAGCCUCAGCAACAGUUGGCUUUCUGGUAUGGAUAGGGGCAAGAAUAGAAAGGUUAAUAUGUUGGAGGUGGAAAAUGUGAGGUAUGGUGUGAAUCUUUUAAAGAAUCGAGCCUUGAGACAAUUAGAAGCCAUACGGUCUCUUACGAGGGUGCUUCUAGAAGCUAAUGACUUGCCUGAGCAAAUUGAAAAGCUAAAGUCAAGGGAAUCUAAACUCAAAAUUAUAAAGGAAGACAUCAAAAUUAUCCGGAGUUUGCCAGAACCAGAGGCUAGGCAGAAACUGCUCCAAGUAGAAAUGGACUUGGAGGAAUGCAAACAACAACUAUCAGAGGUACGCCAGCAACAAUCAGAGGUACGCCAACAACAAUCAGAGGUCCGUGAAAAAACAAAAAAGCUUGAUGGAAUCUUCCUUAAUAAUGAGGAAUUCAGCACGGAGACUCUAGAAAAAGAGCUUUAUUCUGCAGUGCCAUGUAUGAAAGAAGUUGCUGCAACUUAUGAUCAUGCACGUUUGCCAUCUAGUGCAGCAUUACCACCUACUUCUAGUGAUUUGGAUUUCCAAAUUUAUGAGAACGACAAAGGUCUCCAUGGCAUACCAUUGGGGAACACUAUUACCAAUGGAACCCUUCAACAGGGUGGGAGUGAGGCGUCUGAAGCACAAUACAACAAGAACGCACCACCAUUGUCGCACAGUGAUGGGGAGAUGGGGAAAGAUCCGUUCAAGAUGGUGGAACCGAAUUGGUCUGCUCACCGCGACAAUGGGGAUAUCAUUAUGAUACCUACACCUGGAGCACCAAAUGGUGCUAAUGGACAACCGUUGCCACCCGAUGAUAUACAAGUGAAUUGCUCAAGCUCGAUGUUGACCGGAGGAAAGAAAAGAAAUCAGAAAGCUAAAGGAAAAGGCAUCAAGAAACAGUGCCGGCCCCAGGUAACCGGUGAAUCAUCAAAUUUGGGACAAGAUAAUUCGGAAGAGCUUAUUUGGGGAUACAAUGAGGAGACUUCAAAAAACAAGUUUUAUUCUGCAGUGCCAAGUAUGCAAGACGUUGCACCAACUGAUUGUCGUGAAAGUUCGUCAACUUUUGGUGAUAUGGAUAUCCCAAUUUGUGGCAUCGACAAAGGUCCCCAUGGCAUACCAUUGGGGAACACUAUAACUAGUGGAAUGCUUCAACAGGGUGGGAGUGAGGCGUCUGAAGCACAAUACAACACAAACACACCACCAUUGUCGCACAGUGAUAAUCAGAUGAACUUAAUGCUCAGUGGAAGCAACAAAAGAGAUGGGAUUUCAGAAGCUGGAGUACAAGGUACUGAAAUGAAUGAUGUUACUAUUCGUUUGCUGGCUAGGGAGAUGUUGAAGUGUAAUUAUAGUUCCUGGCAAUCUGGACUUUUUAACAAAGACAACAACAGUGUAGAAGUUGCACACUUCCAUGGCUUACAAGAAGCAUUGGACGAAACUCACUAUGGGGAAACACCAGACUACCUCAAACUCACUAAGUUUGGCCAUAAAAAUAUUGAAGUUCUGGUUUGUGCCGCAAUCAAACAGAUGGAAGACUGGCGUACACCUAAGGAUUCCGGCUGUAACCAGUUGAAAAAGUGGGCCGCGACGCUCAAUAUGGGUAAGGAACAGGAUUUUGAAGUGAAAUUUGCUGAUGACAUGUUGAAUAAUAUUUGUCUUGCCUGUUAUGCUUACUCAAUGAUUUAUGGAGAGGAUGGUUCAGUUCAUAAGGUUGCGAGUGGAAGGGUGUGAUGCUCAUAUGGUAUUUGGUAUUUAAACUCGGUGAAUGGUUUGGAUAUUUCAACUCGGUGAAUUAGUAUGGUUAUUUUUCUAUAUUUGGUUUUAGUCUUUGAACUCAGUAAAUCGUUUUAGUAUUUGGUAUUUGAACUCAUAUGUUUUGAUAUUUGGUAUUUUGAACUCAGUUAAAGAACUUGGGGUUUUUAUGGUUA